CCGAAACUCGAUCCGACUCAACUUUCCUUCCGCCACCGCACGCGCUCCCUCCGCCUCGCUGCUGCCUCGCCCCAUCGCAUCAAUCUCAUCUUUAUUCUAGACUUUCGACAAGAAGACAUUGCUCGUCGAGCACCCGUAAAACAGGCAAGAGCUCGACGUCCAACUGGUCACUACCGGCCAGGCAAACCAUGUCCCGCCUUACGCUCGCCCAGCAGCUCGCCGCGCUGGCCGAACCCGCGCCUGCUGACCUCGACCCGGAAGACGUGCAGGCAGGCGUAGACCCGGAGGAACAGCAUGCUGCUGAUAAUAACGCGGCGAGAGAACACUAUGUCAAUGUCGCUCCGUCUGCAAUACGUAAACUGCACGACAGCAUCACCGACCCAAAAUAUGACGGCAUGCGCACGACCCGCAAGCAGCUAUUGGAAGACGAAGACCUUGACAGCGGCGACGACGACGACGUAGACGGCGCGGUGCCCAGUCCAUCGGAAGAGGAGAACUACUCCGACGUUGCAGACGAAAACAGCGAAGAAGACGAGGAGGAAUUGCUUUAUAAAGAGAGCGAUGAGGAAGCUUCCCCCGCUCCCAGUCCUUCACCUUCUGACCGGCCAGGUGGCACACGAGCUAUUCAAUCCAAUCAGCCUGUGAAGGAUCCGGAACCAGACCUUGCGUCCAACCUGCGCAAGACUCGAGAAGAGGACCGGCAAAAGGGCAAGGCCGUGUCCCGCCAGAUUGCAUUGUGGGACUCCCUACUCGACGCGCGGAUACAAAUGCAGAAGGUGGUGACAGCAGCGAAUCGAUUGCCGACAGGCACGUAUCUCAGCCAUCUCGCCCAAAACGGCUCUGCCCGUGCAGCAUUGGAGGGCCUGUUCGGCGAAGCAGCCGCACUCUCCGAAGACUUGUUCUCAUUGCAGGAGGGUCUUCUCAGGGACAAUGAAUCAAUCGAGCCUCCCCCGCGCAAGCGACGAAGAGUGGACCUGGAGCAAGACCCCUCGUAUGACUACCCAGACCACCUCCGUGAUCUGUCCGCGGCUGCUUCGGCGCUUGAGUCGAGCUACCACUCGCACCUCAUCCACACGCUCGCGAAGUGGUCGGCGAAAGUGCAAGCAGUCGCACCUAGUGUCCUCCUCGGUAACAAGACAGCCUUCAACAAGGACGACAGGAGCAAGGUCGGGGCCGUAGGCAUGGUCGACGACCUCCUGCGCACCGAUGGGACCAAGCUGCUUGCCCGGACACGGACGCGCAGGAGCAACACGAAGCGCCUUGAAUCUGCUGAUCAUCGAGAUGAGCCUCGUGGCGCAGAUGAUGGCAAUGACGAUGAGAAGGAAGACGCAGAACUCUUCGACGACUUGGACUUCUACCAGCAGCUUCUCAGGGACGUCAUCAAAGCUCGUACAGGUGAUACGGGCGAGCAGGAUUGGAUGGCGCAGCAGCGGGAAAGAAAGGCGAGGAAGAAGCUCAAGGUGGACACGAAGGCGAGUAAGGGGAGGAAGCUGCGGUAUGAAGUACAUACGAAGCUGCAGAACUUCAUGGUCCCGGUGCCCGUGACCCAUGGCGGCUGGCACGAUGAGCAGAUUGACGGGUUAUUCAGUUCUUUGCUUGGAGCGGGGUAGAUUGUAUAUACUUUGAGCUUCUGUCGCAACACGUCGUGAGCGCAUGACUCGCUGUUUCAAUGCUCUU